CGCUCUAGUAGUGUAAUAGUCUAGACAAAUUCAGGGAUAUGUUUUUUUUAUUUUCCCUAAUUCUGAUAUCCAAUCGAAGAAGAAAGAGGUUGUUCAUUCAUUCAUUCAUUGAAUUCAAUUUAACAAUGGCCCCUCAAUCCAACGAACCAUCCCUUCUUCUUCUUGUUAACAAUAUAUACCAUGAAUCUAUGCCGCCUAUUAUAUUCUAUUCAAAACCAAAAUGUUUCGCUUUCAUCCGACAUUCAAAUCCCCUCUCCAUCUCUCUAAUUAAGCAGCGCUGAUCGCCAAAAUGCGAUUGACAGCAUCCUCGUUCGAUCCAAAGCUCUCUUCUCUUCCGAGGAUUCUCCUAACAUCGCGCCGAUUCCCUACUUGUUUUCUUCUCAACUUACCACGCCGUCCAUCUCCACCCAUCUUCUGUUUCUCCCUCAAGUCCACAAGAAAUGGGGGGAUACGCCACAGCAGAUUUCGAGUCCGAGCCAUGGAUGAGGUGGUCAUUUCUGCACACGAUGAUGAGUGGGGAAGUGACGGUUCUGUAUUUGAUCAAAUGCCUUCUUCUUCAAGUGAAGGGGAAGAAAGUGAUGGAGAAUUUACAUUAAACCCAAUUGUGGAUGUCGAUUUGCCUUCAGCUAAAGAUAAGUCUGUAGCUGCUAAUGAUCCCUCAACACUAACUGCUAGAAGGGUGGCUAUGCUUGGCGGUGAACGCAGGAAAAAGAGGAUUGAAUAUGGGAUUGUUAACAAUGCCGGGUUAGUGGCGUUCUUGGUAAUGAUUCUUUUAUUCGUGGAUGGAUGUGCUUGGAAAAUUGUAAGGCUGCCAUUAGCACCCCUCUAUUUGAUGAGACCUUUUUGUAUAUCUGCGAUCUUGGCUUCAUCCGCAGGCUAUAUAUGCGUUCCUUUAUUUCGUAGUUUGAAGAUACAUGAUAUUACUACGAAAGUUAAACUUUCUAGGAAAGGGUCUAAGAAGAUAACUGCUACAAUGGGUGGAUUGUUUUUUGUCCCGAUGGGGAUUUUUGUUGCGGAAAUGUUGGUUGGUUUUUCUUCUGCAGAGGUUUCAGCAGCUGCAGCUGCAACUAUGGCUCUAGGUACUGUUGGAUUGGCUGAUGAUGUCUUGACCAUCAUCAAGAACCGUAGUCAUGGUUUAUCUGUUUGGUUAAGAAUUCUUUUGGAGGUUGCGGUUGGAACAUUUUUCUCGGUUUGGCUGGAUACAACAAAGAUAACGACGCCUUACAGCAUGAAAAUGUUGGUGCCUUUACCUCCUCCAAUGGGACUAGUUUUCUUGGGAAAUUUGUAUCUGUUUUUGACAUCUUUCUGCUUUGUCUCGAUGGCAAAUGGUAUUAACUUGACAGACAAACUUGACGGUUUGGCUGGAGGGACUGCUGCAUUGGCUUUUGUAGGAAUGUCCAUCGCCGUGCUUCCUGUCUGUCCUGAUGUUGCUGUGUUUGGUGCUUCGAUGGCAGGAGCUUGCGUCGGUUUCCUUCUGCAUAACCGUCACAAGGCAUCUAUAUUCAUGGGUAACACGGGUUCAUUGGCAUUGGGAGGAGCUCUUGCAUCCAUGGCUGCUUGCAGUGGAAUGUUCCUCCCCCUUUUGAUUUCAUCUGGAAUCUUUGUGGUAGAAGCCAUAUCGGUUACUGUGUUUAAGGGCGCAAACUACUUGGAAAGAGGCCCGUUUCUUCAUCAUCGUCGUCACGAACCGAUAAUAGUGGCUGGGGCAUACAUAAUCUCUGGAAUGUUGUCUUUGUUAGCUGGAUAUGUGGCCCUCAUUUCAGCAUAAUUUGAUCAUAUAGAUAAUAUAGUUUGACAUUCUUAUUUGUUUUUUCUUUGUAUUAUUAUUGAAGCAAUUAACAGGAUUGCUUGUACAGAUCUGCAUAGCAACAAAUUAUCUAAAAUCAAAUUUCAAUUAUAAUCUUGAUUGA